UAUCACUUCCGCAAACAGCAGACAGAGCGACCAGCAUGGAGGCCGGGAAGCUGCAGGAGCGGCUGCAGAAGCGGCACCAGGCCAGGGCGGAGGAGGCGGAGCGGAGGAGGGAGGCCAGGGAGAGCCAGGCCGUGUUGGAGGAGAAGGGAGAGUACUUCUGCGGCUCCUUCAACGCAGAACGCACCGCCAUCGAGGAGCUGCUGUCCGGCUGCGGGGCGGUGACGUCACGGCUGGAGGAGGCCACGGCCAGGACGCUGCAGCUGCAGAAGUUCCUGAACGACAGCACCGGGUUCCUCACGCAGUACGAGCUGAGGCAGGCUCAGGCCGGCCUGCAGAAGCUCCAGAGCGGCCUGAGCGAGGCCAGAGAGGAGGCUCUGCCCAGGAAGAAGUUCACCUUCAGGGCCCGGACCAGGGCUGCAGAGAAGACACCUGAGACAGCUGAUGCAUGCACACCUGCAGACGACAAGACACCUGAUGCAUGCACACCUGCAGACGAUGGCGUCUCCAAGCUCCAUGCACCUGCAGAGUCAGAGCAGUGCAGCUUCUCCAACAUGGACGGCGUGCGUCUGACGAAGACGGCCGAGCAGAUCCAGAAACGAGACGUUCUGUUGAGUCACCUGACCAACUGCAAGGUCCGUCUGCUCGGUUCCCCCAGCACGCUGCACCUGAAGCACAUCGCCGGCUGUGAGAUCCUGUGUGGGCCCGUCUCCAGCUCCGUGUUCAUCGACCACUGCAAAGACAGCACUCUGGCGCUGCCUUGCCAGCAGCUUCGCACCCACAACACCACCGACACGAAGGUCUACCUGCACGUCACCAGCCGGGCCAUCAUAGAGGACUGUCGCGGGGUGAGCUUCGCCCCGUUCUCCUGGUCGUAUCCCGCCCUGGAGGAGGACUUUGUCACGUCUGGCUUGGACCGGGACCGGAACAACUGGAGCCAGGUGGACGACUUCAACUGGCUCGCUGCGGGAACACAUUCCCCGAACUGGAGCGUCAUUCCUGAAGAAGAGAGGAAAACCACCUGGGACCCUUAGAAAUACAUUUAAAAACCUUGUUAUUUGUUAGUAACACGUCAAUCAAACCAUAUGAAAUGUAAUCGCUUAACACGUAUUAGGAUUUCAUGUUAUUUCACAAACAUCGGUCGCCGAUCGGUUUAUUUAUGCUGCUGUUGUUGUUCGUUAAAGUUGCACUAAGAUAUUAAAAUUAAUCCACCUGUUCUAGCAGCACAAACCUCUGUUGGUAUGUUGGUACAAAAGAGACUUUGCAUUCUUUAUUAUUAUAUUCCUUUAUUGAUCCCCAUGGGGGAAAUUCAAGUGUUGCAGCAGCUCAACUACACAGACAAUAA